ACGACGAGCGCGGGGCACAGCGCGGAGCAGAUCGCCAGCAUGGAGCCGGUGCGGGAGCGGGUGAUCAGGGUGACGUUCAACGCGGACGUGCACUCCAGCCUGCAGUGGAACUUCAGGCCCCAGCAGAGCGAGAUCUACGUGGUACCAGGAGAGACUGCGCUGGCAUUUUAUAAAGCGAAAAAUCCGACUGACAAACCAAUAAUUGGAAUCUCUACCUACAAUGUAAUACCCUUUGAAGCAGGACAGUAUUUCAAUAAAAUACAAUGUUUUUGUUUUGAAGAGCAGCGGCUGAAUCCUCAAGAGGAAGUGGACAUGCCUGUCUUUUUCUACAUUGAUCCAGAAUUUGUAGAUGACCCAAAAAUGGCCAAAGUUGAUUUGAUCACCCUCUCUUACACCUUUUUUGAGGCAAAGGAAGGACAGACGCUACCACUUCCUGGAUAUCAGUAAAGGCCAAUCUCUGCACAGUUUGACUCUGCUACCUGACUAUCAGUUUUGAAACCAUUUUUCGACAGAAAAAAAAAAACUGUAGGAGUACUCUGCAAUAUGAAAUUAUAUUAUUAAACCACCAUAGGCA